GCCCCACAGCAAGCCGAGGCCGGGCAGCCAGGCGUUGGGUGUUAGGGCCUCUGCCGCUUCUGCUGAACUUGCACCUUCCAGCCACGAGGAAGAUGAGAUGCACUGCGUCCAGCCCACUGGGGGCUGGCUUAGGGGGAGAAAGUACCUGGCAGCGCACCAGCUCAGACGGGCACUUCCGGGAGCCAGGCGGGUCUUGGGGGGGGGGAGCGCUGCUGGUGCUGGCACUGCCCCAAGUGGCUCCACAACUCCAGGCCUGGUGGUGUGCACUCGCGCUGCCCUGUUCCACCUGCCCUCUACACCCUCCAGCCCUGGGUCUGGGACCACAGGGAAGGCUGACAGGGAUGGGGGUUUUCCAAGCUGAACUAGGCGGACCUUCUCGCUUGGUACAGGGCGCGUUCUGUCCGCAGUAGCAGCCUCGGGAGCGAUGCCGCUGGGUCUCAGCAGGCCUGUUAGGGGCGCAGGGCCAGAGAAGAUUGGGGAGCGCGAGGGUGGGCGUGGAGGGCGCCUCCGCGCACGCUCUAGACCCGAGAUUACGGUACCUGCUCUAACUUUGCCGCCCCGCUUUCUGCUCUCGGGUUUCUCCGGGCUAAGUCGGCUUCCAGGCAGUGAGUGAGCUCAGCCUGACCCCAAGCCUCGGGUCCCCGCCCCUCGCCUCGCUCCCCGGCACCCCGGGGCUGCCACCCCGCGGCGAGCAGAGGCGGCUCAGCACCGAAGCUGGUCCGACUGGUUCUGGGCAGGAAGUCUCUCGCACCCAGGCCCGGGGCAGCACAGCAGCUCUGCGCGGCCGGGGCGUCUGUCCGUCCGGGCUUCCGCGGCCCGGGGGGCGCCCGUGCCCCAGAGCUCGGGGCGGCGCGGGGGUAUCCGGGCCGCUUUGUCUGGGCCGCCCACACCCCAGGGGCCGCUCCCAGGUCAGCAAAUGGGCCGCGGCCGCGGGUGAGAUAAGCGACCACGUGACCCCACCUGGGCGGGGAGGGUUGCAGGUGAGGCGCGGCCCUGGGUGCGCUGCGCUGAGCACCGUUCCCGGAGCACGGAGCGUGCGGGGUGCUGAGAGCACGCACGCGGCAUGGCUGCGGGCAGGAAGGACUGGUCGGCGCUGUCCAGCCUGGCCCGGCAGCGGACUCUGGAGGAUGAGGAGGAGCAGGAGCGUGAACGCAGGCGGCGCCAUCGCAACCUGAGCACCACCACGGAGGAGGAGUCUCCCAGGCUCGCCCAGAAUGGAGACCAGCAGGCAACCGAGAGGCUGCCAAGUUUGGAGGAAACCGAGACUCCCAAGCCGGCACCCUCAGCCCCCCAGGAGGAGGAGGAUGUCCAGGCCAUCCUGAGGACGCGACGGGAGCGGCGGCAGAGACGGCAGGCAGUGGAGGCCGCUGGCCAGGAGAGGCUGGAGGCAGAGGAGGGAAGGGACAGCGUGGAUGCUGGGCAGGCCGCACCGCAGGCCCCAGUGCCAAGCAAGGACCCGGAGCCGCUGCCUCGUCGCAGACUGAGCCGGGAGCAGCGGGCGCUCUGGGCGCGGGGUGAGGAGGAGAGCCCGGCAGACAGGGAGCCAAGAGCAGGCAAGAAGGGGGUUCCAGAAGAGACCCCAGCCUCAGAGAAGUCCCCUGUGCUGGAGGAAACCCCGGAAAAGAGACUGGUCUCUGAGAAAACCUCCACCUCUGAAAAGGUGUCUGUCCCAGAGAUGACCCCUGCGCCCAGGAAGAGCACGGAGCGGGAGAAGGGAGGCCACCCCCUGGAGAAGGCGCAUCUGCGAGAGAUGAGCCAUACGGAAACACUGGCAGCUCCUGAGAAGGCCUCUGUGUUGGCAGUGAGGUCUGCUUUAGAACAGCCAAAGGUCUUGGAGAAGGCGCCGGCCAAGCUGGCCUCCAGCAGGAAGCUGGUGUCGGAGAGAGCCUCCAUCUUUGAGAAGUCGCUGGUCUCUGACAAGUCCUCGGCAGAGACCAAGCGGGCGGCAGUGUCCGAGCAGGAAGCCCCUCGGGGGAGCGCAGUCACAGCCAAGGAUCAGAGAGGAAGACCCUCACCCAGGGAGAACUCACCUUCUGACCCUCCACCCAUGGCAUCUCGUCUCCCACCCAUCACGCUCCAGGUGAAGAUCCCAAGCAGAGAGGAAGAGGUGGAUGCAUCCUCACCAUCCCAGCUCACCUACAGCAGCUCGCUCAAACGCUCCAGCUCCAGGACCAUCUCCUUUCGGAUGAGCCCCAGGAAAGAAAAUUCAGAAUCACCCUUUACCCGCAGUGCCAGCGUGAGACUCCCCGCCAGCUCUGCCAGGUUAGGAGAGAAACUGGAGAGAUACCACACGGCCAUUCAGAGAUCCGAAUCCGUCAGGUCUCCAAGCUCCUCCCGCGCUGAAGUCUUUGUGGCCCCUUCCGGAGUGGCCAGCAAGCGCCACCUGUUCGAGAAGGAGCUGGUGGGCCAGGGCCGGGCGGAGCCAGUCUCCAUCAGGAAGGAGAACUUGAGGCUCUCAGGGGUGGUGACAUCGAAGCUCAACUUGUGGAUCAGCCGGACCCAGGAGUCCGGGGAGCAGGACCCCCAGGAGGUGCGGAAAGAGGCGACUACAGCCAGCAAAACUCAGCGAGGGAAGAAGCCAGAGACUUCCUUGGAUGUGGAGGUGAAUGGAGUGUGGCUGGGGGGCGGGGUACCUGGGUCAGGGGCUGUGGGAUCCCCUGCCAUGCACCCACCCACUUGUGCACAUGGCUGGCCUGCCAUUGUUGCACUCCUGAAUGCUGCCCCUUCCCCGCCUGCUGCCCUUCUCUUGGGCAGCUGGAACUCAGUGUCCCAACACUGUGUGACCUCACUGGCUCUGCUUCCUUCCCCACAUGCUCCGAGCUCCGCCCCACCCCCCCAAUCCCUGCCCAGCCUCCCUCCUGCCAGCCCCACCAGCAUUUGAGCCCAGAUCCAGGUCAAGGGCAACCUCCCUGUGCAAAGCCCCCUUGCCCUCCAGGCCCCGGCAGCCUACCUGCCUCCUCUGACACACCUUCACCCCACAGGUGUGACCAAGCCUGUGAGUCUGCGUUGGUGUCCAUGGCCCACCCUCCUGCAGGCCUCUGCCUCCUGCAGCUGCACCUUCACCCCACCUCUUCCUGUCCUUGCUCCCUUCAAGCCUCCGGACCUGCCUGGAUCCCCACUGACUAGGAGCAUCAGUGAGACCCUGUAAACCCUCCCCUGCUCAGCCUCAGCAUGGGGUGGGGUCGGGGACAGGUGUGCCGUGACCCCUUCUUCUAGUACAACAGAGCCCGGGCCCCUGCAUCAGUCCUGGGCACAGCACUGUGAGGCCCAGAAUCCUGCCCAGUCUCAGGGCAUGUGGGGCGUCUCUGCUCACCUGCUUCCAGCAGGUGCAUCCAGAUGUGGCUCUGGCCCACCCACUACAGUCCCUGAGGGCUGCUGCCACCAGCUUGUGAGGGCGCAGUGUGCCUUGCCCCAUGGUCUAUCCCCUCAGCUCCCAGCUUGGCUGUUCACUGCCUUCCCCAGCCUGCUGCUCUGGCCAGGGUCUCAGGGCCUUUCUGUGUACCCCGGGCCCCUCUCGCCUAGAAGCCUAUGCUCAGGAAGGAGCUGAUAAACUCAUUCUCAGGUGUACGUGA